AUGCCUGCCUUGAAGUCCUUGUUGAGCGUGCUAGCGCUGGCCGGUACUGCGGUAUCUUGUGCCCACCACGGUGAUAGCGAAGUUGUGCCCGAACAUGAGCGCGCGGAAUUACUCAAGAAAUGGGAUCAGGAGUGGUCCUUCUCCGGCAUUGCCAGCUUCGCCCAUCUCCGCCCCGUUAAGUGCCUAGUCGAGCCCUCGGAGCAGUAUGAUAUCGCAAUCAUUGGCGCCCCCUUCGACACAGCCGUAAGCUACCGACCAGGUGCUCGGUUUGGUCCCCGCGCUAUCCGCGCAGCCAGCGCACGCCAAAUGUCCGGUACGAGCUACAACACGCGUGCGGGUAUUAACCCGUAUCAGUCGUGGGCGAAGAUUACCGACUGCGGCGAUAUCCCGAUUACGCCAUUCGACAACGGUCUUGCCGAGCGCCAGAUGUAUGAAGCGUUCCUGGAGCUCGGAUCGCGGAAGGUGGUGAACCAGGCUCCGAAGGGUGGUGAUAGCAUUGGUGCUGGACAUCCCAAGCUGGUGACCCUUGGUGGUGACCACAGUGUUGCUUUGCCUGCUCUGCGUGCUCUGCAUAAGAUCUACCAGAAGCCGAUUACGGUUCUGCACUUUGAUGCGCAUCUUGAUACGUGGAAUCCUGUGCGGUAUAGUGCGUACUGGCAGUCUGAGCAGACGCAGUUUAACCAUGGAAGUUUCUUCCACAAGGCUAGUCGGGAGGGAUUGAUUUGUAACUCGACUUCUGCACAUGCUGGUUUGCGGACACGAUUGACUGGUGUUGAUGAUGGGGAUUAUACCAACCCCGGUCCUGAGCAGGGAUUCAUUCGUAUUCAUGCGGAUGAUAUCGAUGAGCUUGGUCCUAUGGGUAUUGUGGAGACUAUUAUGCAGCGCACUGGUCUUGAUCCUGAGCAGCCGGUUUAUCUGUCUGUUGAUAUUGAUGUUCUGGAUCCGUCGACUGCGCCUGGUACUGGUACCCCCGAGCCUGGUGGUUGGACUACGCGCGAGUUCAUUCGUAUUCUCCGCGGGUUGGAGAAGUUGAAUCUGGUUGGUGCCGAUAUUGUCGAGGUCUCGCCUGCGUAUGAUAAUAAGGGUGAGACUACCGCUCUGGCUGCGGCGCAAGUCGCAUUUGAGAUCAUUACCAGCAUGGUCAAGUCUGGUGUCAAGGAAGAAUUGGGUGGCUGGUAUGGACGCCAGGACCUUGAGGACACCAAGGAUGCCGAGAUCGAGGUCGAGGUCGAGGCAGAGUCUGAGGUUGGCAAGGAUGAGCUGUAA